CUAACUGACUUAAAACUGUAGGUUGUCUUGUGCGUUUAAUUUUUCUUUUUUGGACUACAUGGAAAUGUCCAUAAGCAGAAAUCUUGAGUAAUUUUUGGGAUGUGGGCUUAAUGCUUGGCGAAAGGUGAAAGCAAAUGUCACCAGUUCUGUACGGUAAUGUGCAGCAGAACCAGUUACUAGUAAGGUCGAAGCCACUUCUUGUUUCAGUCUGUAAAUCAUGUCUCAUACAGCAGCAAGGCAAUGGACAUUUUUCUUUUGUGGAGUGAUAAUUUGUACUUUUAAGUAGACUUUUAAUUUGACAUACUUUUGCAGUACAGUGGACAAAGGUUGGUUUGCUGUCACACUCCAGUUAAUCUUAAGUGCCCUCCAAGUCACUUUUCACAUGGACUCAACAAACGAAUUCCUCCGUUUUUGACCAGAGGUCACGUGGUUUGAGGGUGGCUGCAGUUUCCUGGUGACAGUGUCCAAUGACAAAAAUCCCUGUUCUGGUCCCAUUUUCUGGGUCAGUGGUGAGUGAUGUCAUCUGAGAACGGGGACGAGGCCAGCCCUUUGGGCGAGCUGGAGGUGAGAGGCCAACAACCAGAGCACACGGAGCGGGCGCGUGGAAACACCCAGCCCAGCGACAAACACAGCCAGGAGGGAUCUCAGGAGGACCUGGGAGAAGAAAGUGGGUCUUCAGCCCAUAGGAAAACACAGGAAGUGACAUCAGACCGGCAGGUUCAGGAGGAGGACAGGAGGACAUGUCCUGAGGAAACACAGGAGAGGUCUGUGAGAAGUCCAAAGCAAGAGACAGACAGCCAGGAUGGAGGGCCAGGUGUGUGUCUGGAGGAACGCUGCCCCAGCUUGGGCAAGCUAGGGGCCUCUGCCAGGGGAGUGGUGCCACCGUCAUAUCCAGAGAAAGAGAGGGAGAGGCGGGUAGAGGAGCCCAGAGGACAUGGGCCUUUCUACUUCUUUGGAGGAGCGAAUGGAGCUGCCAUAGUGACAUCUUACUGUGAGAGCAAAGGAUGGCAGCGGAUCUCUGACAAGCACAGAGAGGACUUUAAACUCAAGUGGUGUGAGACCAAAUCAGUAGCCACCUACUACAACUUCAGAGAGGGUGAACAGCUCAUCUACCAGAUCCCCAACAACAAGGUUCUGACCACUAAGAUCGGUCUGCUGAACAGCCUGAGAGAGUACGAUCGCGUGAGCAGCAAGGUCAACCAUGGACGAGGACUCAGGAGAUUAAAAAUGGAGGAGUUUUUCCCCGCCACCUUCCGUAUGGAUGUGAGGGAUGAGAGAGAAGCUUUCUUUUCUCAGCAGGAAGGUGUGUGUAGGGAGGAUAUCAGCAUGUGGAUAUGUAAGCCCACAGGCCUUAACCAGGGCAGGGGCAUAUUCCUCCUGCAAAGCCAGGAGGACAUCUCCGCCUUCAGACUAAAGCUGCAGAGCAACGAAGAAAGCCAGUGCAAUAGAAAGAUACCUGUCCGUGUGCCUCAGGCACGCAUUGUGCAACGGUAUGUCACAAACCCGUUACUCUUAAAGGGGAGGAAAUUUGAUGUGCGCUCCUACUUCCUGAUUGCCUGUACCAGACCAUACAUGGUGUUCUUUCGCCAUGGCUACGUACGAUUGACCUGUGAACUCUAUGACCCCAACUCCAAUAACCUCACUGCACACUUGACGAAUCAGUACAUGCAGAAGAAGAACCCUCUCUACAGUGUGCUGAAGGAGGAGACGGUGUGGUCCAUGGAGAGGUUCAACACGUACGUCAACGAGAAGUUCAAGGACGCCAAGGGCCUGCCUGACGACUGGGUGCUGGGUGUCUUCACUAAGCGAAUGCAACAGAUCAUGAUCCAGUGUUUCUUUGCUGUCAAAGCCAAGCUGGAACGAAAGCUGGGCUACUUUGACCUGAUUGGCUGUGACUUCAUGGUCGACGAGGACUUCAAGGUGUGGCUGUUGGAGAUGAACUGUAACCCAGCUCUUCACACCAACUGUGAGGUCCUGAAGGAGGUGGUGCCCAGCACUGUCGUGGAGACUCUGGACAUGACCCUGGAGAUCUUCAACAAGUGUCGCGGUGGGCUGAAGAUUGUCCCAUUGGCCAGUCAGAAGAACUUCAUUCUGUUGUACGAUGGCGAGACUCCUCCUCUUCCUGCCGUGACUCGUCCGAUCAAACCGUCCGGGGUGACCAGGACCCAGAGGCUGGAGAGCGUUCCGCAACAAAAACCCGUCAACAAAACUCCCACAGGUGAACCUCUAGUGAGGCAGAGGUCGUGGCGAGGGGUGAACAAGAUGCAGGAUCCUCCCACAACCGUUUCUCAUGCCCAGCCUACCAAUGACAGUUCCUCAACACUUGCUGUUGCAACAGCUGCAGUCGCCUCUUCCUCCACAGCCUCCUCCUCCACAGCCUCCUCCUUUGUAGCCUCCUCCUCCACAGCCUCCUCCUCCAUAGUCUCCUCCUCCACAGCAUCCUCCUGGACGUCUUCUACCACAAACGUGGCCCUCAGACCCCACCCCUCCCCGAAAGCCUCUGAGGCCCCCAGAUCUGCCCCUCGCCCCCCGAAGCCCGCACACGCCCGCAUGGAGCUCCCGCUUCGCAAGUGCACCUGGCUGGGUCGCGCCGGGAGCUCAGAGAGACCCCACAGAGCCCCGGAGCUCCAGACCAUGAAGAGCAUGUUCACCUCUCUCUCCACGUCGGCGCUGAGCGACGCCUCCGGACGGUCUCUCCGCCGCGUGGGGGUUACCAAGGCCCGUCCGGGGUCCGACCUGGGAAAGGCCCUCUCCUGCGCCAUCAAACCCACCCGGCUCCACCUGGCCCGGCCCGGCCCGGGACCGCCCGUGUGGACUGUGGACAGUGUGGCCAAAAAGAAGGAGGAGUUGACUGAGGAAGGGGAGCCCUUGAGGACAAACAGAGCCUCAGCCAAGUCAUGAUGCAGUGACACGUGAGGCUGUUCUGUAUAAUACAGACUGUGCUCUGCCAAGAUGGAUCAAAUAGUACCGUGUGGACAGCUGAUGUAUUUUCAGUUUUUUGAGCAAAAUAUCAGUGUCUCUAUGUCAUUGCAAAGAGAAGUA